AUAUAUUACUAAUUAAUCAGUCCAAAAUGCCUGCGUUCAUCAAAUUAUUAAUACUGCUGAUGCCAGCCUGCUUUUCUCUACAAAUUGAACAAUUUAAAAAAGAAGAUGUUUGCACUGCUGAAGCUCAAAAGUUGGGCGAAGAUUCAGAACUAAAGACCUGUACCAAGAUGACACAUUCAAAGGUUUACAAAUCGUCAAGUGAAAGAGAAGUUAUCGUCAGAAUUAUGAAAUCUAGGAUAAUACAUCAACGAUAUCCUCUCAACUUUAAUAUAACAAUUUUAAGAAUUUGGCAUGGAAACUAUACCUCAAUAGACAAUUGCUGUAGCUUGGAUAAACCUUGUAAACUCCCAGCAUCUGACGGAGCAGAAUACACCAUUGUUGCACCGACAGCCAGUAGAAUUUAUCCAUUUUGUCAUAAAACAAUUCAUGUUACUCGAGGGAUGCCAGAAUGGUGUUAUAUCAAUCCAAAGUGUCCUUGUGUAUAUUUAGACAAUGGAACUCUGACUCUUAACGAUACAUACUAUGACCUAUGCGGUACUGACUGCUCUAAAGGAACAAAAACGGAUUUCUGUUUCUUUGAGCUCCCUGGCAGGUUUGGACAAUACGGACACAAGACAAGUUACGGAUUAACAGUUAAUGUUCAAAACGUAACUUUCAGCAGGAAGAGAGCUUGUGAGGAAGGAAAGAGAAGAGAAGGUGUAUUGAGUUCCUUAUCAAGUUUGUUUCAAUCGUACGAUGCAAAACCUGGCAACACCAUUUGUGCGUACUACCGGAUGAAAACGAACUACACGGCGGAUUGGCGUCGUCAUCCUAUAUGUUUGACAGAUCCCGUGCCGUUUCCGUGGAGAAUAAUUCUGAUAAUCGUUGCCAUCUCGUUAACUGUCCUGAUAGUGUUGAUCGGUUUGGCAAUCUUGUAUAGAAAACAUAUAAAAACUUGUUUCCCAUCCUACAAGAAAACGGUGGAAGAAAUGAAGUCGAUGAAGUUUGAUUUAUCGACAAAUUCAGAAGACGGAUCGUUCAAAAAAUAUGAAAAAGAUAUAGAGAUUCCGAACAAGAUUCUUGGAAAUGGAGAUACACCUUAUCGCCGAGUCAGUCUUGAAACGCAACGUUAUAUUAUUGUACCGUCGUCCAACCAUCGUUGCACAUCAGGAUCCUCAAUAAAUGAAGAUGAAGACCAAAUAUUUCAUGAAAGAUCUAACAGAGUGGACGACGACGACGAUCAACUUUCCGAAAAAACUGUCGAAACUCCAUGUGAUAAUGAGGAACAAGACUCGAAAGAAUUUUUUCCACCUGAUGAUAACAACGACGAACCUGAAGUAUCCGGAUACAUGCAAAAAGACUUCCAUUCUGCGUUAGAACCUACUGUGGUUUCAGACUUGAACGAAAUAGAGUUUUGUCCUUAUCAAAGUAAAUUUAUAUCUUUUACCUCAACUUAUGAUCAGUCUCACUCAGACACAGAGGUAGAAAUUGACUCUAAUGAGGAAAACGAUAAACUAAAGGCUGAACAGACAUUUCUGAACAAAUUCAAACUGCUAUCAAACUCAAGCAAAUUAAACGAAGAAGAUUUAAAUGCGGAUGCUCCAGAAUAUAUGAUGCAUUCUCAAAACUCUUUAUGGACAAAGAGCACUUCCACACUAGAAAACAUAGAUUGGACUACAAUGGACGAUGGGUAUGUCCCAAAAGAAGCAGUGCGAAUUUUGCCUGCUAAUAAAUUGUCGUCCAAUAUAUUACAUUCUACGCCAUCUACACCUCAAAAAAAAAUUUUGCCGGCAUUAAACGAGGCGGUUGUUUCAACUGACGGGGAUUACAUGAGCAAAAACGCUUUGUUUUGAAACAUUCCUGAAUAAUCAUAUAAUCUGAUCUAUUUAGAAACUUCAAUAAAAGAAAUGCAUUCAAAAAUUCACGUACAUUCACAAAGCAGUACUAAAACAAGCUCAUCCCAAUUCUAAAAAAAAACUCUAUCCCAUUUGUGGUUACGAAGCUUAUUAACAUUAUUUCGUUAUCUUAUCCGGGUACGAUUAGAAUAUUGUGAUUGGUUCACCAAUUCACAUAAAGUUUUUAUGCUACAUCCAGCCUCCUCAUUUGCUACCUCAUACACUGUGAUUAUUUUUGAAAAUAUUUUAUCUAAUGACGUCUCUAAAUAAGAGUUUCCAUUUUUUUAUUAUCAAAUACAUUGUUUUUUGUCAGUUUUCUUCCACCGUUUUUCAUGAACUAUCUCAGCUUGGGAAUAUAUUAUUUUAUUCCUGCACGCCCUCAAAUUACUAGCAUUUGACUAGCAAGGCCGGAACAAAAAGGUGAAAAUGCAAUAUUAUCAGUCCAUCAGUAUCAAUCAUAUUUGUUUGUAUGUAAACCCAAAGCAGGGUUGUUUGGACAAAGAAUUAAAUACAAUUUUUAUGUAGGCCGAAAAUAUCAAACUUAAAAUAAGAAGCAAAAUGUUUGAAUCGCAAGCAGGGUUACAGGCCAAAAAGAUUAAACAAAACUGUUAGGUCGACCAAGAUUUUUGGGAAUUGACUGAAAAUCAGAAUAAUAAAAAAAAGUUCAGUAUUGUUUUAUUUAAUACCACUUCCAAAUUUAAAGCCUUUUCUACUUAAAGUAAAUUCAGGUUGGUUUCAGUUUGUGUUUCCGGGUUUGGUUUCCAAGUUACAAUUCUUGUACUUGCAAGCAGAGUCGAAUUGAAAAAUAUUGUUUCUAUCUGUAUUCAUUUUCAACCAACCAUUGUAGUUUGGUCUGGAUUUUCAUAGAAUUACCUCCGCAAAUCAACCAAAUUACCUUGUAGAAACUAUAAAAACACGACGUUUUGUUGCUAUAGUUAAUUUUUUAUUUUAAUAACAAUCGGUUUUAUGUUUAAAUAUAUAUUUUGUUAUUAUCCUGCUAUGUAUUAUUUUCGAAGUAUAAAUUUUAAUGUCAACGCAAUCGAAGCGUGACUAAAUAAGUAGAUUGUAUAUUUGAUUAUGCGGUGUUGUUUCUGAACGAGGUUGGAACAACAUUUUGUCAAAUAUCCUCAGAAAUUUGGGUACUCCCGUAGUAUGUGUACCAGGUUAGGAUUAGGCCAUAUUUUUAUUUUAUUUUCCUUAUUUUGUUUAUAUUGCGAGUUCGGGGACUGUUUGUGUUAGCGAAGUCAAUAUACCCCCUGCCCGUAGGCUUCCGUCUCUUUACACAUAUGUAUCCGUGUAUGCUGUUAAAUCUCUUACCUAACGGGGGGUUUAACUAUUCAAAAAGAGAACGACUAAGCCUCAGCGCCGGUGUAGUUGUUUCAAACUGACAAUUCCCAAUUCUAAAGCCUCAAUAUGACGAACAAAAAUGAAACGAUAUAAAAGGGUUUAUGUAACGGUACUGUGUUUUGAGUAUUCUGAGACAAAACUUAAUAAAAUACACUACAUUUGGUAAAGUUACCAUUAUUCUCCCACGUCUUCACUCCAGGGUGUUGUAUAAAUAGUGCCAAAAAGCUACUAUUUAUCAAAGACCGGAAUUUCAGAGAUUCGGAAAUGUUUACCCAUUUUUUUUUACAUUCCGAGUAUUGAUCCGAGACCUCUAACUAUCGAUUUCAGCAUAGUUAGGGCUUUAACUAUUGGACUAUCUCCCCCACGAUUUUGGUACAGAAAAAUAUGAUGAGUUGGAUAAUUUUAUCAUUAUAUUUACUUUAGUAAACCAUUCAAUUCGUUUUUUAUUUUUAAAAAAAUUUGAAAGUGGUGACAUUUUUUGACAACAACAGGAUAUAAUUACCAUAAAAUGGCCGGAAGUGAACACACCAUAAAGUGAAUGUAUACUUAAUACUAUUUUUCAACAAUCAUCAUCUUGAGAUUUAAUUCUAUAUUGAUAGAUUCAUCUCGUAUAGUGGGGUUAUUAUGUUUCUGAAUAGCCAUUAGAGAUUUGGCUUAUGCAUGUCGAUUUUUAUCUUGAAUAUUUGUGAUUUAUAUCGUAUAGUUUUCGAUGACAAAGAACGCUUUUUUUGCAUUAUAUGACAAUAAAUACCGUUUAAAUCGUGGUUGAAACUCAAAUGUUGUCAUAGUUGUUAUGUUUUUUUCAAGGGAAAAAAUAAAGAGGUUGAAAUGUAAUGAUAUCAUCGAACCCGUUCUUAAAAUGUUCUGAUAUCAGCGAACCCGUCCUUGAAAUGUUCCGAUAUCAUCGAACCCGUUCUUGAAAUGUUCUGAUAUCAUCGAACUCGUUCUUGAGA